GCUCAAACACGAUUCGACCAGAGAUGGUUUCGCGUAGGUGCGCGAGUCGCAUACAAAAAGUUGCAAUCUUCGACGUGGAAGAUUGCAUUGUCCGUCGAAGAAAUGGGAAUCAUCAGGUAAUAACAAAACGACAGAUAACAUUUUGCAAUCUCAGUGUGUAUCUUAUUCUCCCGAAAUAACCAGGAAAUGUUCCAUUUCACAUUCGCUUAUCGACCGAAAUUCGGUUUGUUGCGGUUUUUUUUCUCGUCUUCGCACAUUAUCAAUAAAACAAGUAUUUCGGACAGUUCCAGCUCCAGUACGACAAAGUACACUAAACAGACAAGUCAGUCAGCAGUUUUCAAGUGAACCAGACACAAUUGAGGGUAGCAACAGAAGAAAAAAAAAUAUAGCUUCACCCGACUAGCCGACAUGAUAUGUGACCUGCUAGAGGUAAUUAGAACAAUCGAUCGCUCAUUCGCUCGCGUACAAUUUCCAGGAAUUCUCAAGGUGUUGAUGGAAGUGAAGGAACAAUUCCUCAAUUAAGGUGUUACAAUCGGGUGGCGUUUCAAUAUACACGAUGACGUCCGAACUAUUCAAGGUAGAACAGGUGCUGAAUCACCCAGAGGCAAGAUCUAUUUUUAGUCAGCCUCAGGGCUAUAGCUAACCUUUCUCGAUUGCAAAUAUGGCCGGGCCCUCUCGCUACUGCUCUACCGCAAAGUGUCGACCGGCACACGCUCUGUGCUCAUCACACUUAUAGCUUCCAUCACCUGUGUCGUCCCGCUUGUUCGCGGGUCGGAAUUCCCCCAGGGGUACACUCGAAGGAUCGAUGAUUUUUCGUCAAUUCUGAACGGUUGAGGCACGACAUGAAUGCCAAUUUUUUUUCUGGUGGGUUCGAAGCGAUUGCCGAAACCACUGCGGGUGUUGGAAGUGAGAGCCGCAGGAGAUGGGAUUGCGGGGGGUAAAAUCAAAGCCGUCAUCAGCGACGUCGUGCGACUUGCGAGAACAAUGAAAUGAAUUAAUUCAUUUGGCAGGCAGGUUCGCGAAGGUGCCCGGGCACCUCGCUUGUAACUUUUAGCGCGUUAAUAAAUUAGUAGGAAUUCUUGAUUACCGACACCAAUACAGAGAACGUGAACCGGAGGAGGGGAACUGGUUUACCGGCUAGAACAAACUUGAAUGAGGCUGGAACCGGUCGUCAGUCAUAGAUAUGUUACGGAAGACUUUGGACGUAGUUUCGCGAGUGAUCCCUUGACUUACUCCACAGACCGUUCCGGCUGGUGAUUUUACGUCAGACUUCUUUGCCUCGUACGCAGAGCUGUUUGAUCUAUCGCUGUUGACACCGAGUGAUGGCGAGGUACCGCUGAGUCCACAGUCCCAGCAACAGCAGCAACAGCAACAGACGGUGGUUCAAAUCGAAACAAAUCAGUCACUUGACUACAUUCCGGCAACGAUUUUCCACGACGUACCGGCUUCGGUGCAGCAGACAUUGCAGCAAAUGAAACAGGAGAAACCAGCAUCCUGGACGGAAAGCUUGGAGGAAUCUUCAUUGAAAUCUGCCCUGUUGGAACAGCUGCAGUCAGGACCUCAGUAUCAGUACUACACCAACACUCUGCUAAGUCCUCCCCAGGAACAGUACGCGGUCUACCCGCCAUCACCGACACCAUCGAUACCGGAUUUUCAAAGUCUCAGCAUUCCGCAGCCAUCUUCCGGUAACUUUGUCACCAUAAAGCAGGAGUACUGCUCACUCCCUCCAUCGCCACCGGAUUCCAACGGAGCUCCGUCACCCGUACACUGCACCGAAAUUAAGACCGAAUUCGACGCUGAGCCUACCAUCGAUAUUGAUUCCUUGCUUGGCUCACCAAGACAACCGGACGAAGAUAUCCCGAUCAAGCAGGAGUUUCAGAUAUUACGCGAACAUCUCCAGGACACCAGCUUCCAGCGCAAGCAUAACCUGAAACCGCUUGAGCUGGAGUCGCUGAUUGGUGGUUUGACGACCCGUGCCGAUAUCGGCUCGGUCUUUGAACUAGCACUGCAGGAAGUACAGGAUGGAAUUCAGGCUACCUGCAAUGCACUGGGAAUCUCGGCCGAUCCCCGUCAAUGGUCCACCGGCCAGGUUAAGCAGUGGUUGGAGCUGGCGUUGGCCAAGUACAACCUGGCGCCUCCGCUGAAUAUCGCCGUCCUAUUCCCGGAGAGUGGCGAGCAGCUGGCACAGCUCUCGAUCGAUGAAUUCGUCCGGCGCAUACCGCAGGGUGGUGACAAACUACACGGACAUCUCGAGCUGUGGAAGCAAAUCUACCGUUCGACGAUUGUCACAGGCACCUCAUCGUCCGGCCCCGCCGACAUCAUCGCCAAUCUAGCCGCACAGGACUCCAGCUCCCACGAUACGGAGUCGAUGAACGGUGACAACAGCGAUGAUGAGGACGAAGAAAUGCUCCUGGAUAUUCCGACUCCACCGGUUGGACCGUCCACAGCCACAUCACCGCCAACGGGAACGACCGUUGCGGCCGGAUCCUCCACCAGUGCCACCAAACCUCGCCAGGGUGGUUCCCACAUUCAUUUGUGGCAGUUUCUGAAAGAAUUGCUCGGUUCUCCGGAUCAACAUCAGAGUGCUAUACGCUGGAUCGAUCGCAGUAAGGGGGUAUUCAAGAUCGAAGAUUCGGUUCGCGUGGCCCGGCUCUGGGGACGGCGCAAAAACCGACCGGCCAUGAACUACGACAAACUAUCCCGCUCGAUUCGGCAGUACUACAAGAAGGGCAUCAUGCAGAAAACCGAACGAUCCCAACGGUUGGUCUAUCAGUUCUGCCAUCCGUACUCGCUGUAACGGGGCAUACGCCGGGGAUGGGGGUGCAUGUGUUUUCGGAGAGAGAGAGUGUGUUUAUUCGCGCAGGUACCGCGCUGUGAGAUCCAGUCUGUUUGUUGUUUAUUCUAGGCUAUUUUAAGUUAUUUACCAACGUGUGAUUGCGUCCCAGUGAAAGAGAGUAUGUUUGCGAGGAAAAUCUAUCUGGAGAAAUUUUAACCCGUAAUGUUUUGAUUGUACUUCGUAUCGAUCGUAAGCACUGUGGUCGAAAAUUGCCCCAGAAAUAGUUAGAUUUUCCAGCACUUGCUAUCAGCAAGUUUAAUCAUAAGUAUCCAUAAAAUCACUCUUUUGUAUUAUCGCACCAAGUUUCGCCCGGUGGCAAGUGGUAUUAACUUGUCCCGCGGAAGAUAAUAUUCUUAAAAUGAUGUGAUUUACAAAACACCCGCAGGUUUAACUUGUCACCUCGGGGCGCUUAGGCUGACAGUCCGUUAGUAUGACGGAAACUGUCACCGAGCGGAAUCUCUAUCGUCAGGAAUCUCAGUGCGUUAUGUUCACAACUCAGCUUACGGUGAGCCCCCCGCUUGUUCGCACAGCCGCUGGACUCUGCUUCGUCUCACGAACCAGGGAUAUCUGUUCAGGCACUGGGGAAGGUAAUUUCUUCCAGUGCAUGUACACAUUCCGGGACAAGAAACGUAGCGAAUCCUUCAAUUGUCGAAAAGGGGUGUCCUCAGCAGCCGCAAGGAACGAAAUCGAAUAUGACACGAGAUCUGAUCUUUUUAGUUUUUGCUGUAUUGCUUACCGAGCGGUUCAACACUGACGGACCCGCUUACGUCCAGGUUGAUUGGGCAAGGGCCGCAGGUUGGGCGCCGGUAAUUUUGGUCCCAUAUAUCUAUGAUAUAUUUUUAUUGUAAGUUCUAUGAACGAUACAAUUAAGAAUGAUUUCUGUAAUUGAUUUUAAGUUUCUUAUCGCUAGCAGAUAGAUUAUAUUAAGCUUAGGUUCGUAAGUGUACAUAUGAAAUUGUUAGGCUAUCGUUGCAAUAUAGUUUGGUUAGUCGAUCACACCGCUGCAGGGUGGAUCGACAGAGAUUUUUAGUUGGCUAAGAGCUAGAGGUAGAAGUCUUCGAUGAGAAACAAGAGCUCAUUUUCUCAUCGAAGACUUCUCAGCAAACGCACCCAAUAAAACACUCGUUACGAUUUAAGUUCAGUUUUGUAAUGUUUUAUGUAGAUUUUCUUUACCUAUUGUAUUAAAUCGAUACGUUUUUAGUCAUUUAGUAAGGUGGCAGGGUACUGUUCUAGGAGGAUACAAAUUCAAACACAGGAUUUUCAAACACUAGCUGUAAGCACUCCAAAAACGAUUAACCAAUUGUGAUCUAAGUGCCUUAAUCAGAUAUUUGAUAACACAUGUUUUCUAUCUUUAAUUUUAUACUCCGAUCGGCUCACUUCUGUGACAGAUCAGUUUUAUACGCGUGGAAUGCUUUCCGUACUACAAAUUUAUUUCAAAUAAUCACGUGUCACUGGCACUUGUCAACUUGAUAUUUAAGUAAGUGAUUAGAUAUAAAAUAAUCAGUAAACUGUACAUGUAUGUAAAUUUAUUUAUAUAAUGUUAAAUAAACGGUCUAACCAAA